UUUAUAAUAAUAUGUAAACGGUUUGCGAUAGUCGACGAGGACGUUCCGGGGACGACGAUGAUAAAACGAAUAAAAAGUCAGAUGCGCGUGUCCGAACAGCAACAAUAACCAUGGUUAUUAUGCCGAACGAACACAACACGGGUAUAAUGUUACCUACCUACGACUUGUGCAGCUAUAACACAAUAUAAUCAUAUUUUCAUCGUCGACAUGAAAAUGUCAUCUGUCAAGUGCUGUAACCGAUUCGAAAGCGUUCGGUCGAUAUGCUUAUACCUACCGACUGCGUCUGUUGUUAUUAUUAUAUUUUGUAUUGUUCUAGUGUUACCGCGUGCAGUAUAUAUAAUAUAAUAACAAUAUAAUUAUUAUUUAUUUAUUAAUCACAUUAGUCGUAUAUUGUUUUAACAUAUUAAUUAUUAUUAUUUGUUUACAUUUAAAUGAUAUUACAAACUAUGUUCGUGUCCUUGAGAUUUGUGCACAGUUCAUAAUAUGAACGCAAAAUAUUAUAUCGAGUCAUAGUCAAGUCAAUAAUAACGAAAAACCCAAUUUAACUUUAUCAUAAAAUCGACUUCAACUCAAUUUUGGUUUUGACGUGUUUCAAGAAUUAAAUAAACGAAUAUCAUGACAUACGACAACAUGUAUCGCGCAGUUCAACGGUCGGAGGAGGAAGCGGUACAGAUGGAACCGUUUUCGGACGACAGUAAGAGACACGGCCAAGGAGACUCGCAGGACAUCGACGAAUGUGACGAGAAUGACAAGCUGAUAAUGUGUCGCAUUUGCUACGACGUUUUUUAUUUUUCUUUCGCCUGGGGCAGGACACAGUUAAAUGACGAUAAGAAGGAAAACACAGUGUCGCCAUGCAACUGUGUCGGAUCUCAUGCGCACGUCCACGUGACGUGCCUCGAGCAAUGGCUAUCCGUAUCAAAAUCCAGUACAUGUGACAUCUGCAGUUACACUUUCAAGACAAUCGAACGUUCUUUGACUAUACACGAGUGGUUGCGGGAGAGAAGAACCUGCCAAGGUUUCUGUCAACAGUUCACGGUCAUGUUCUUUUUCGUUGCAAUAUGGGGUUUAGUGCUCAUAGCCUGUGGAUUGAAAACGAUUGAGUAUUUCCUAGACACAAAUGAUAAAAAUUCUGUUUCCAACGGGUUUCUCAUGACUAUCAUAACGUUUGCAAUGGCUGCCAUGUUGUGGUUUUGGCUCGUAAUUUUUUCAUCGAUAUGGAAGCGUAUGAACAUGGUGAUACGCUUGGACAAGAACUAUUUAAACGGUGCCGAUGAUAUCAACAAUGCGUUUGCUGUCUGAUAAGCCUGGCUAAUUUAUAUUAUUUUAUAAUAUUAAGAUUAAUCUCUACUUACUUAAUUGUUUAUUUUUUUCUAAUCAGAGGUGAAAGUUAUCAUUAAGUACCUAUUAUAAACAAUAUUAAAUGUAAAUUCUAAAAUAUAUCGAUAAUCAUAAUACAUAAUUAUUUAUCAUUAUAUGGGUAUGGGUAUCUAUCGGUUAGAUUCUAACCUAUUUGAGUUCUAGGGAAAAAUUAUGUAAAACAAAAUGUAUGAAUUGAAAUAUAUAAAUAAUUAUAUCAAUAUUUAGGUA